UAUGUCUUGCCUACCAAGACUCUCACCCCUCAAGAGAAAUCAUUGAGUCCUCUGCAGUGGUGCAGACGUUUUCUGGAUCAUCCAAGUCCUGAGAUAGAGGCUGCAAAGCGUUCUCUAUGCUUUAGAUUGGAACAAGCAAGUCGAUGGCGGAGCCUCUUCUCUACACCUGUCUCCUUGGCUUUUCCCUAUAGUCCUGUUGCAAGACUCACCCCAUAUACCAAUGGCUUUAAUAGUCCCAGCUUCUCUAAAACCUCCAGUAAAGCAAUACUAACACCUGAACGGACAGGUUAUACUUCUAGAAGUUCCCCUUUGAGUCCACAGUCAUCAAUAGACAGUGAACUGAGCACCUCGGAGCUGGAGGAUGAUUCCAUUUCCAUGGGAUACAAACUGCAGGACCUCACUGAUGUUCAGAUCAUGGCUCGUCUCCAAGAAGAGAGCCUAAGACAAGAUUAUGCUUCUACUUCAGCAUCUGUAUCGAGACACAGUUCAAGUGUAUCUCUGCAUUCAGGAAAGAAAGGGACCUGCAGCGAUCAGGACUACGAUCGCUAUAGUCUUGAGGACGAGGAAGAGUUUGACCACCUUCCACCUCCACAGCCUCGACUCACUCGCUGCUCCCCUUUCCAAAGAGGAAUUCCACACUCACAGACUUUCUCCAGUAUUCGGGACUGCAGGAGAAGCCCUACUUCCCAGCACUUCCCUUCAAAUAAUUACCAGCAGCCGUACUAUCCUCCUCCAGCCCAAACUCCAGAGCAGCAACCAAAUAGGAUUAAUGGAGGUGGGUUCCACGCUUUUCUGAGAAAUGUUUUUUCCUUUGGUCUCCUCUUUGCAAAAUGUCGGUGCCAUCUGACAGAUCAAGUUGUCAUCAAGUGUAAUGUGUUCAGG